GUCGAGUCGGCAUCGAACCGGAGUCGGAAGCUACCUUCCGCCAUUAUAAAUGCCAUCGAUCUCACUGGAAGCCGGACCGAGAGAACUGGCGAAGGGAUUUUGGGGUCUCUUAUUUGAUAGAAGUAGAAAAUUUGAGGAGAAAAGUUGUAAUAAAGUUGCCCAGAGAGGUAGUUUUUAAGAAUGGAUGGAAAACUUAUUGAUGGAGGAGAAAAAAAUGUGAAAGAUGAAUUUUAUAUGAAAGUUAAAAGCAAGGAGGAGGAACCAAAUCUAGAAAAGGAAGAGAAGACUGAAGUGGAAGUGAAGGCAAAGUCUUUAGAAAAAGACGAGAGCAAGCAUGAUAAAGAGAAGGAAGAAAACAAAGAUAAGAAACUCAAGGGAAAAAAAGACAAGCUGGGGGAACAAGAUGAGGAAGUGAAGGAGGAGAAGGAGAAGAAAAAGGAGAAGGAGAAGAAGAAAGGUGACAAGUCGGAAAAUCAAAAGAGCGACGAUGAAGGUGAAUUGAAAAAGAAAGAAAAAGGACUGAAGGAUAAAGAGGGGAAGAACAAGGAAGAUGGUGAUGAUAAAGAGAAGGAUGGUAAGAAGGAAAAAAAGCACAAGGGAAAGAAAGACAAAACUGAGGAAGAAGAAGAUAAGGAAGAGGAUGCAAAGAAAGAGAAGAAAAAGGAAAAAGAGAAGAAGAAAAAUGAGAAGGAUGGGGAUUCAAAGGUGAAGGACAAGAAUGAAGAGUCCAAGGUAACUAAGGAUGAUGAAGGAAAAAAGGAAAAGAAGGAUAAAGAGGGGAAGUUUAAAGAAGAAGAAGAAAAAGAUGAUGAUGAUGAAGCUGAAAAGAAGGUGAAAAAGAAGAAGGAUAAAAAAAAGAAAGAGAAAGGAGAAGCUAAAGAGGAAAAGAAAAAGAAGAGCAAGAGUGAAGAUGAUGAAGAAGAUGAAGAUGAUGAAAAAGAGAAUUCAUGCGAAGAAAAACAGAAGAACAAAAAGAGGAAGGGCAUUGAAGAAGAUGGUAAUGAUAAUGAAAAACAAGUUACCUCAAGGGGAAUUGACAUCGCAGAAGCUAUAAAUGAUAGGAAAGAAGAAGACAAAGACAAGCAAAAGAAAAAGGAUAAAUCCAAAGAGUCAAAGGAUGACAAAGAAAGUAAGGGUAAGAAGGACAAGGAUGGAAAGAACAAAGAGAAGGAUAAGGAUGGGAAGAAAAAAGAAAAGAAUAAGGAUGGGAAGAAAAAAGAGAAGACUAAUGAUCUUGGGAAGCUCAAACAGAAGCUAGAAAAGAUUGACACCAAGAUGGAAGAACUGCAGGCAAAAAAAUCAGAUAUUUUGAGGCUGAUCAAAGAAACUGAAGAGGCUCAAGCAAAACCAAUUGUGAAAGAAGAGAAAUUGACUGAUGUUGCAUGAGCAUGAUGAUGAAUGACAAAGGGCAUGGACAAAGUGCCUAAUCUUUGAAUAAUUUUCUGUAAUAUAAAGUUUUCUAUCCAUCAUUUUCAGAAAAUAACUGUAAGGCUAAAUAAAUGGCUUUCUUUUAUGCCAUUCUCGUUAGUUUGCCAUGUGAAGAAAAUACUCAUUAGAACGAUAACGUUUUCUUUUGCUUGCUGAAGGUAUGUUCUUUUCCGGCUUGCAGUAUGCAUCCCCUUACAAC